AACAUGGUGCAGAAAAGCGGGAAUCCGAAACCAAGUGACAAACCGACCAGACGAGACAAGGACAGCCCCAUGGCAUCAUACGAAGACAGACUGAAGGCGGUGCUCACUCGCAAAACACAAAUAGAAGAGGAGCGAAAGGCGGCUGCUAAAAAACGCAUGCUCGAAAGCACUUUGAAACACCAGAAGCUAGUCGAACAGAAGCGCAAAGAGUUCGAAGAGAGAAAUCAGCAUAAUAACUCAAGGAUCGCUUCGGUGUUGCAACGAAAACAAGAGAUUAUGCUGGAAACUCACGCUAGAAAGGUUGCAAUUCUGAGAAAAGUGGAACUGCGAUGCAUUAAGGCGGCCGAAACCAAGACUAAAACAGUUGGCAAAGUGUCCAAGAGAAAAACGUCUCUUUCUCAAGCUAUAUUUCAUCAACUUGAGUUACCUAAGAGCAGGUUCAAUAUGGGCAGAAAGGCAAGGUCAUCUGCUGUUGCGCCUAAAAGGUUGGUUAAUUCAAGUCGCGCUGUUGCUCCGAAGUCGCCAGUUCCGAUGUCACCAAAACGAACGAGAUCGGCUUCGGGAACAAGAGCUGCUUCGAGUGCAUCUCACUCCGCGUCUAAUUUUAUGAACGAUCCCGCACGGUCGAAGACUUUAACGAGGGACAAAAAACCGAAAACACCGGCACAGCGAACAUCGUCUAAAGAUUCGAGAGAUAUAAGAAAGUCAGAGCCCUUGUUGAUGCAAAAGAAAUCAGCACCCAAGACUUCGCUUUUUGCAAAUGACGCCAAAAAUGUUGCUGCUAAAGAAAAGGAAACUUCAUCUGCCAAAACUGAUUCUGAAAAUGAAAAUGACAAGUCGAAAAAAGAUUCGGAAAUUGAGUUUUACAAGCAGAAAAUGGCGGAACAUAGGCGAGCGAUGCGAGAAAAAAUGAACGCUACAAAAGCGCCACAAAGUGCUAAGAUAAAAGUUGCGCCAAGUAGUUCAGCUGCCAAAUUGGAAAAUGCUUUAGACAGUAAGCUCAAUACAAAGGAUUUGGACUCUUCUCUGAAUCAGAUUCUGUCAAUUACGAGUUCUAAUGCCAACUCUGCUAACAAACAAGCUGCAAUUAUGGUAUCCGAUUUCGAUGAUUUUAAUGGCGAAUUGGUGACAAAAGACGGUAAUAAUGACGGACAGGAAAGCGGCGAGGUUCUGGGAACUGUUCAUGUUACGGAUCCGAAAGUGGGUAAGUCUGGAAUCGAAACUCCGGAUCGAUACUCGGCGACCAACUCUGGAAGUCAUACUCCGCCGAACGCUCUUGAGGAACAAAAACUGACGUUCUUCGAAAAAGAGGAAAAGUUUAUAAUGGACCAGGAAAAGAUACGCCAGGAAGCUGAGAAGGAAAAACUUCGAGAGCAAGAAGAGUUCGAAAGAAUGCAGGAAGAAAGAAGGAAGGCCGAAGAGCAAGAACGUGCGGAAAGACGAGCGAGGUUGGAAGCGAUUAUGAAACGAACUAGAACGACGCCAACUAAACCUACAUCUGGAGAUGAAGAAAAACCGGAACAGCCGAAACCAGAAGAGGCAUCUUCAGCUGUCGAAUCGGUCAAUUCGAAUCAAGAAAUCGGAUCGAAGCAAGAAAUGGAACAGGAUACUAAGCUUGCUGAAAAUAACGAUGUCAUUUCCAAUGAAAAUGGGAUUGGUUCAACCAAAGUUAUUGAUGAAAAGCCGACAAUUGCUGAUCAGAUUUUGAUUGAUGAAGAAAAGUCAGGCGCUAUGGUAUCGAAGGAGAAAUUGGACACUAUUGCCUAUGUUGGAGAAAAAUUCGCUGAAAAUGAAGUAAAACCAACUGAUCAAUUUUCUGCUGAAGGUGAAGCAAGCAUUAACUUCACUGAUACUGUUUUGACUCUAAGUGCACAAAACUCGAAUGUUAAUGACAACAUCUCAAGUUUGGCUGAACAAAAGAAAGAUGUUCUUACCGAUGGAUCUCAAGACGAAGAAUCUCGUGAGCCAGAACCGAAUGAAGAGUCGCACAGAGAAGUCGUUGGCACUGACCAAUCAGCUCAAGCUGAAAAUACACGAGUUGAAUCGAGUCGUGAAAACUCACGGGAACACAGUGUGAGUCCCGAGCCGGUAGUGGAAUCGGCAAGCGCUGUUUUGACACCUUCUGAGGAAAACGUUAAGUCUGCAAGUUUGGUUCGAGAAAGCAACAAGGAACCUCUCAAUUCUGAAUUUGCUACUGAUGAUUCUCAUAUUUUUCUUAAAAAUGCUUCAAACUACGAAUCUAUUGUUCCUGGAACUAACAAAGAUUAUAGUAAUGAUGAAGAUUUGCAAAACAAUGAGUCUGGAUUUUUUGGUCUCGAAGAUUCAGGUAUAAGUCUAGAUACCACUAUAGGCCAAGAUACUUCAGCUAAUGAUUUGCUUUCGCUUUGCAGUGCUUCAACUAUGCCUAAUAAUUCUCAGUCUCAAUUGCCAACUGUUGUGUUCGAAAAUCGAAAUCAAAUGGAUGAUAAUCAAAAAGCGAACAGUCACAAUCAAGGUUCGACAAUUACGUCAUUCAGUGAAAAUGAAAGUUCAGUUUCAGCUUUGGCCACUGAUUCAGUUUUGCUUGACUUUUCAGACAACACUUCCAAGAAAUUAGUUGAUGAUUCAAUGCAACAAUUGACUGAUAAUUUCGAUAAGUUCUUCACUGAUCAACAAGGGUUAGAUGAUACAGGAUUUGGUUUGGAGAUGGAUUCUGGAAAUCAUAAUCUGGAAGAGAUUUCACAGAGAAAUGAAGAAGCCCUAUUGGUCGAUAUGCAAAAUUUCGAAAACCGAAACGAGGAAUCUCCAGUAGAGCAUGUUUCAUAAAUCAGAAAAAACUCAAAUCUCAUAAACUGUCUGAAAAAAAUUAAUGAAAAAUUCUAUAAAAACUAAACUAUCGUGAAUUCUCUGAAAUAAGUCCGAACUAUCUGAUAGUUGCAAAAAAGCAAAUUUUUUAUGCUGCCGCGGCUGCUUAUGUAUAAAAAGUUUUAAAUCUAUUUUGUGCAAUAUUCAUAGUGGAAUCUGGGUCUUGCAUUGCAGUUAUGUAAUUUAAGGGGGUGUUUUUGGUGCCAGAAGGACCGAAUAACAGAAUUUUAUUUAAGCCAAUCAAAUUUCUG